UGUGUUGGCUAAGUUAACCUGCAACUUUCUUUUGUAGGCUUGCAGUUCGGCUAUCAAAAUGUCUACGAAUUCAGUGGAAAAUGAGAUCGAAAAAAACGACCAAAAGAGCGAUAACGAAUUGGAGAUUCCAAUGGACUAUUCGAUAAAACAUCCUCUGCAGAACUGUUGGACACUGUGGUACUACGAAAAUGACAGAACGCAGUCGUGGGCACAAAAUCAGAAGGAAAUUGCUUCGUUUCAAACAGUGGAAGAUUUUUGGAGCCUGUACAAUCACAUCAAACCCGCAAGUGAACUGAGACAAGGCUCUGAUUAUUCCCUUUUCAAGAAAGGAAUCAAACCCAUGUGGGAAGAUGAAGCUAAUAGGAGAGGUGGUCGGUGGCUUCUCAGUUUAGACAGGAAACAAAGAACCAACGAAUUGGAUCGAUAUUGGUUGGACAUUACAUGA